GUUUUUCUUACAGAGAUUACAGUGCCCAUAAACGUGGAACAGAAGGGACCACGUGACUAAGAAGGUAACCAAUCAGCUGUUUAACUUUGUCGUGCCGCCAAGCUCGUCUCUAUUCUGUACUGUGCACGCGGAAGCUAGAUUUUCGUGUGAUAUUUUUGCAAGUAAAUGAACGUUUUCUUAAAAUGGUUAUAUUAGUACGAUAAAAAAACGGCUGAAUUUUACUUUUGUGCGUGUAAUAAGACGUUUUUUGGUCGGUAUAUCGUUAAAUUCUGUUCUCAAAUGGUUCUAUAUCAUAGUCGCCAUUUUGGUGAUAGACCGAGCCAAGAUUAGCGAGUGUACCUAUGAUCUUUUUAUUUUCACUCGGCAUUCGGUCGAUCGUCGUGAUCGUCGGUGACGCCGGGACGGAAUUCUAACCUCGAGGAUGACGCAACAAAACAAAACGAUGAACUUUCUCAUACAUGACGCGAACGGUCAUCCACAAGUAAUAAAAGUAGUACAGAGUACAGCUAAUAAAGCAUUGGGCGGUAUCGUCAGUACAACAAAUGCAGGUGGCCUUAAAGUCUUUAAGACUCCGAGCCAAGAAUCUCAGGUUUUGUCAUCUAACGCACAAGUUCUUAGAACUAUCAGUCUGCAAAGUCCUUCAACUCCAGGUCAAAGGUUAGUUACAAUACCAUUACAGAAUACAAAAUUGGCAACAACCAAGGCUGGUGAACCUGUACUGACCAAGACUAUACAAUUAACAUCUGCACAAAUGAGUGAUAUAAAGCAGGCAAUAGUAUCUCAGCAGCAACAACAACAACAACAAUCUGCUAAUCAACAAAUUGUGAAAGAUGCAAGUGGAAAAACAUAUAUCAGUCCGAUAUUGGAUCAUAGUGGUUCUAGAAAAAGACAAGAUGUUGAGGGUGGUGAUUUUGUACCAGAUAAACGAAGAAAAACAGAAAAAGUAGGUAAAGGAUUACGUCAUUUUUCAAUGAAAGUUUGUGAAAAGGUCAAAAAAAAGGGAACGACGUCGUACAAUGAAGUUGCAGAUGAACUUGUUGGAGAAUUUACUAAUCCUGCUCAUAUAAAUUCGUUAACAGAUCAGCAAUACGAUCAAAAAAAUAUUAGAAGACGUGUUUAUGAUGCUUUGAAUGUUUUAAUGGCAAUGAAUAUUAUUUCAAAAGAAAAGAAAGAAAUCAGGUGGUUAGGUCUACCAACUAAUUCUCUUCAGGAAUGUUUGGCACUUGAAAAAGAUAAAAAAAAGAAAAUCGAGAGAAUUAAAAUGAAAACACAACAAUUACAUCAAUUGAUUCUCUCGCAUAUCUCUUUUAAAAAUUUAGUGGAACGUAAUCGUGCCAAUGAAAGUCUGCGUGGCCCACCAAAACCAAAUUCUGCCAUUCAGCUGCCAUUCCUGAUUGUGAAUACUAGCAAAAAGACUGUCAUAGAUUGCAGCAUUUCAAAUGACAAAACCGAGUACCUGUUCAAUUUUAACGAUAAGUUUGAAAUUCACGACGAUAUUGAAGUUUUAAAGCAAAUGGGUUUAGCUUUCGGUUUAGAAAAAGGAGAAUGCACUGAAGAAAAUUUGCGUAAGGCCAAAUUAAUGGUUCCAAAAUCUCUGGAAAAAUAUGUGGAACAAUUAGCAUCUGGUGAUUUGGAAAAAUUUAUACCAGUGACCAUUCCUGGACCAAGUACCUCAAUGGAAGAUCUGGACACAAAAUUGGAAGGUUCUCGACCUCCUUCAUCUUCUCAUACUUCACUUUCAGAAGAUGUUUUAUCGCCACCCUCGCAGUAUUAUUCCGAGGAAGAAGAUGAAGAAGAAGAAAGCGAUCAAGAUGACCAAGCCGAUAGUGAUCUCGAAGUUAACUAGCACUCCGAACGAUUUUCUCGGGGCUGGACUCAGGGAUACUCGUCAUUGUUAGCAGCGUAUUCGAUAUUGUCGUCAUCGAUAUCGCUCUCAAAAACGUCAUUUUUAUGCGCAAUCAAGAUGCGAACGAAUAACGGUAAUUGGGGAUCUCUUAAAUAUGAAAUCUCGUUAUCACCGUUAAUAAAAGUCUGUUAAUGAAAAAAUGAGAAUGGUCAAAAAGUGAAUUAAAUGUCGAUUGGGGCCAAGGAGAAAUAAAAAAGCAAGAAAUAAAUCGUGUAAGAAUAAAACUCAAAAAGUUUCAGAACGUCUCGUCUGAAAAAGGAGAUUUUCGUGCACGACGAUCGACAGGAUCCAUGAUUAUGCGGCGCGACUGAAACCCGGGGUGCUAUUUUAAUUGUGCAUCAUCUUAACAGGUUUAUAUGAUUAGCAUCUAUGUAUUGUAAAUUAUAAUCUUGACAAUGAUAUCGAUAUUAAUGUGUACGAGACAUUAUGACCAGUACUCAUUUUCUUAUGGCACGUUUAUAAUUAAUAUCGCCCGAACUAAUAUGCCGUGAUGGUAUUCUGGAUACGGGCGCACGUCUGAUUCAAUUUCGAACUAAAAAUAAUAAAUUGUAAUAAUGUUA